GCAACUCCAAACGGGACAGCAAACUUUAGCUAAUUUCAACCCACAAAAACUACGAAAAACACACAUUUUCAACUUUUUCGGAGACUAUUUUAAGUGUAUAUAUUUUGCAACUUCAGACUGGUGCUGCUUUCAAACUUUCCUAAAAACUAAAAUCUUAAACCCUUUUUGCAGGACACUUUUGUAUAUACAUAAAUCGCUGCAAAGGAUUCAUCCGACGAAGACAAGGAGGACAUUGAGAAAGAGCAUCCUCCCAACAAGCCAACAGUCAUUAAAUAUUUACAAGGAUAUCACAGAGCCAAUCCCUGCUCAAGCAACAAAAACACAAGAAAAUAGGUUAACCAAGACUGCUUCAAACAACAAUUUUUGGUCAUUUUUGGCGCAAGUUCGUGGCAAGCUGCAUAAACUAAGAGGAGAGCAUGGAGCUAGACCCAGUGAGAGGUUUGUCUGAUGUCCCGUGACUUUGGGGAGCAGUCCGUCCUGGUUUUGACCCGGGACUCUCCGUGAUGGACCCUCGUUCCUUCAGGACGGAUGCCGACGGCUUGGACCAGGUGCUGUCUCUAGACCAGAUCAGAGCCAUUCGCGCCAACAACGACUAUGUGGAUCGUCCGGUGGCGGGAUUCGACCAGGGACCCCAGACUGGUUUCAUCUAUGUCCACGAGGACCGGGUCUACCCAGUCCACGGCCCGCCCGCUUUGCCUCGCAGUCAAAGCCACCAACACCACCCUCAUUUCUCCCAUUUGAGUCGCUCCAGCACCGUCAGCUCCACUUGGUCCCGAACAAGUGCAGCAUCUGAUCAACGCUUGAUCGCCAGUCUUACCCCCUCUCACUCCGGCCUGGGCUCUGUAGUGCGCUCCCAGCCCAAAGCGGAUCUAAAACAGGACAUUUCUUUUGGGAAAGGCCUUACUGAGGAUGAAUUCGGACAGCAUAUGUUUAUCUGUGAACGCUGCAGUCGCUGUAAAUGCCUGGAGUGCUGUACCCCACGCCGCCUUCCCUCAUGUUGGGCGUGUAACCAGCGCUGCCUGUGCUCUCCUGAAAGUCUGGUGGAGUACGGGACAUGUCUGUGUUGCGUUAAGGGACUUUUUUACCACUGCUCCGCUGAGGACGACGAGGAGAACUGCGCCGAUCGGCCGUGCUCCUGCUCCUCCGCGCACUCUUGCUCUCGAUGGAGCGCCAUGACGUUCCUCACCCUCUGCCUGCCCUGCCUGUGCUGCUACCCCCCGGCCCGCCUGUGCCUUGCCCUGUGCCAGUGCGCCCACGACAGAGCCACGCGCCCCGGAUGUAGAUGUACCAACACCAAUACUGUGUGCCGCAAGAUCUCAGCCUCCAACCCUAACGCUGGUCCUCCUCCGUCGCUGAGAAGCAAAACCAUGGAUAAACUUUUAUGACAGGGUUAAAACAAUUUAAAGCUAAACGCGUCAAAGAGAACAACAAGGAGCCAGAGCUGAAGAUUUAGCGACAAACCUACCUAUGAUCAACUCAGUCAGAAGAAGGGUCAGAAGAAUAUGUGGAACAGUCAGGAUUCAAAACUAAGUACUAUGCAAAACAAAUGUGUUAUGUUGACACUGAUCACAUGGUCCAAAACAGACUGCAUUUUUACUGUAGCAUACAUGUUCUCAAGCUUCAAUUUUUAAUCUUCUAAGGGAGACACCACUUUUUUGUGAAAACAGUAGCCAUAGCUGCCUUGUGGCUGACUGGACUGAGAUGUAACAAUGUGCCAAUGGCCUCUCCGACUACCACAAAUCACUCAAGUUGGGUAAAACACAACAGAGA